CUCCUGACGACUAAAUUAAAUAGUUUCUCAGUAUUUUAAUGCCACCAAAAAAAUUCACGUCUCUUUGCCAAUUAGGGAAGUUUUGUCGAAACUCUAAAAUCAAGAAAAAUUAUUCGAUGCCACUCUUAAUUUCAAAUGGGAAUAGGUCGCAAGGAAAAUACCUUCUCUAUAGUUUACAUAGCUUUAUGCAUUUCUCCACUUGGCCACCGGCAAUUUCUCCAAUUAAAAACUAAUAUUGUGAGUUGGCGCUAAAAAUUGGGAAACAUUCACAUGCGUUGUUGUUUUGCACAGGUAAAAAAAGAAGCAGCAUGAGGAAAAAACUGCCUACUGUUUCCUUUCAAAACUAGCACUAUCGUUUCAAAAUUCGCCAUUGAGAGGAAAUUUGUCUUGAGUGAGAGAAACGAUAUUCAAUUUUCGCAGCAUUUCCACUGAUAUAAAAAAACACAAAUCCAAUUUGAGUAGAAGCUAGUAGACGACUUGAAGUACAGCUUUCAGAGAGUUUGAAUGUCCCCGUUACUAAACUAAAAAAAGCACCACUUAACCAAAGUUUCAAUUCAAAUUUUUACAAAGAGAGAACACGUUUUCACGUCGGAAAAUUCCGCUAUAAGUUUUUAACACGGAGAAUAACGUCUCUUUAAUAGAAUUUGCCUCUCACCGUUACCCUACUUUAAUGUGCACUGAUCUGGUCGUUGUAAACGUUUUUUCGUAGCGAGAUCGCGAAGAACUAAGAAAAUAAUGGCCUUCAUUUCACCUAAAGUCUCUACAAUGCCCUUGUUGUCUCUGUCGGCGAUGUUUUUGCUGAUGUACUGUGCCGGAGCAAAUAACAAAACCAAUCAACCAUCGUACAAAAUGCAGCCUCCUGCUUUAUGUUAUGGUGGUAUCCCUGGUAUGCAUGGCAAGCCUGGGUCUCCUGGGGCACCAGGUCGUGAUGGUCGUGAUGGCCGUGACGGAGCCAAAGGUGACCGGGGCAGUCCGGGGAAGACUGGACCCCAGGGAACUCCAGGAACUCCUGGUAUCAAUGGAAAGAAUGGCGCCAAAGGAGCACCUGGAGUCCAGGGGCCCCCCGGCCAAAAGGGGCAGCACGGAGACAGUGGAACAAGUGGAAACCCUGGGACUCCUGGUGUGAUGUCUUACAAGAACUGGAAAGAGUGUGCAUGGAAAAACUUGAAUGACCAAACAGAUAACGGUCUGAUCAAGGACUGUGUGUUCACCAAGAACUUCUCUGACACUUCCCUCCAUGUUUACUGGACUGGUACUCUAAUUCCCGGAUCUUUAUUGAGGAAGUUCCCAAACCUCAGGCUUAGAUCUCGAGACAAAACAUCCAUUCCUGCACAAAACGCUUAUAAUGGGACGGUGAUAAAUUGCUUAAUUAUAUAA